AUGUCGCCCUCUCCCCAAUUAGCUCCGCCCGGGAGCAGCACAUACUCCUCCAAUACUCUACACGUUGGGGACGGAACAUGGGAUUCCCAGCGGAAUACCUUCCUCCUACCCAACCUGAUGGGUCUCAAUUUUGAGACAAUGCAAUAUAAUGGAAUGGGCAAUCGUUUUCGAAACAUGGCCGGAUAUCACUCUCUUAUCCGAGCUCAUGGUGUGAUUGCGGCGAUAACGUUUCUCGGCCUUGUCCCUAUCUCCAUCCUAAUAGCUCGAUUCUACUCGCGAAGCUCGUACUGGUCGCUUCGAUUGCACAUAUGGAUGCAAAUCCUUACUCUGUUCCUCACGACGGUUGUAUUUGUCACUGGUUGGUUUGCGGUCGGGCCCAGUCGAAGUUUGACAAAUCCGCAUCAUGGAAUUGGGCUUGCCAUAUAUGUACUCGUUAUAUCUCAGAUAUUAUGGGGCUGGUUUGUUCAUAAUCGGCUAAAGGGCAAGAGAAGACUAUAUCAGCCCUUCACAUUAAUGAUUCACAGUUGGCUGGGUCGAGCGAUCGCUCUCCUUGGUCUUGCUCAAAUACCUCUUGGCCUCACUCUUUACGGGUCACCCUUGUCCUUGUUCAUCCUAUACGCUUUAGCUGUGUUCACUCUGCUUGUAAUUUAUUUUGUCCUCUCUUAUCUUCGCGAACGGCGCUUGGGUCUCGAUUACGAUAGGCGCAGUUAUUCAGCAGGACCGGAAGUCAUCGACGACAGAAAUGGCUCUCUUGCAGCUGCUGGUGCCGCUGGGGCUGGAGCUGCUAUUCUGGGGAGUCGGAUUCGGAGGCGCUCACGGAGCAGAAGCUCGAUCGACGAUAGAUCUGAGAGAGCGCCUUACACCGAUGAAAAGUCAGAGGACCAACGUCCGGCAGGCUGGAAAAGAAAGUUGUUUCAGUUCGCUGGAAUUGCAGGUGCGGCAGGGUUGGCAAAACAUGCCUUGGAUAAGCGCCGUGAUCGCGAGGGCGAUGCCGAAUCUGGAAGAUACCGCCCAGCCCACACAGCGACGGAGAGCUAUGAUGAUGAUUAUACAGAGAGUCGACUUGAAGAAGGACGAACUCCACCGCCAGCAGCUCACCGCCAUCGGUACGAGCAGUCGCCCAGUGCACCUCAAACCCAGUAUACGGAAUCUGAAUUUACAAGUAGAAAUAUCGGAGGGCAUGGACCGCGGAAUGCAAUGUUUGGCGCAGGUAUAUUGGGUGCAGUCAAAGGCUUGUUCAAGAGCCGUGCAGCGCGAGAAGAGGAGAGACGACUGGAAGAACUGAGACUGGCUGACCUGGAAAGUGAAAGAAUGAUGAGAGAGAGGAGAUAUACUGGCGAUGGUCGCCCUUCUCGAAGAAACGAUCAGCGAUAUCCGUCCUUUAGCGAGGUAACCGGCCCCACGGACGCGGAAACUGUACAAUCCGCACCAAGCGAUGGCCCUCCAGUUCCCCCUCACCACCAUGAGCUUGGUUCUGAUACGGUGACGUCUCUGGACCAGAGAGCUGACCCGGGUGCGGCUGCUGGAGGAGCAGCAGCCGGUGCUUCAAAUCAACAUCGGUUCAGCGGUACGCAAGGAGAGUCUGUCGAAUCUCCUCCGGUCUCGAUCAAAGUGAAAUUGCACAACAAUGGUCGUCGCGUUACGUUGAGACAAUUGACCCGAGAGGAGGCAGAAGCAACCCGCGAAGCAAGGCGCAGGGAUCGCAGUAGAUUCGGACGUCGUCGUCGUGAAGCCUCACUAUCUGGAGGCGAAGGCGACGAUCAUUGGCGCAGAGUUGAAGAGCUGGAGCGACAACAGGAACAGGAGAUGCGGAAUGGCAAUGCAUCCGUCGUGAGCGCUGGCCCUUCUGCUCCUCCUCCAGCACCGCCGGUCCCUCAACCUGAACCUAUGCCGCCGGCUGGCAGUGGCCUUUCUCCGAUACCACCGCCUCCUAUCCCUGCUGCUGGAGCUAUACAUUCUCCUUUGACCAUGAGCACCGACCUGAGCGGCAGCUUCGCCAGCCGAAGUGGUCGACGACGUGCGGAGCGAAGAACACAAGCCAGACAAGGGGGAAGUCGGGUGGAAUUCACAUAA